UUUAAACUGAGUUGAGUGUAGCGUACCAGCAUAACGAUUUGAAUCUCUGUUGAAGUUGAUAAUUUCUGAUAGAGCUGGAUACAUUGCAGGUGCUGAAAUGUGGCAACGAUUAAUUCUUUUGAGCUUGCUAUUCAGCGUGUUUCAUAAAACAUGCCAUGGGGAGAGAUCCGAAGACUCUCUUAUAUGCAAACGAGUAGACAACGAUGCUGCCAAUGUUUUGAUCACGGGACCGCAAGGUCCUCCUGGUCCACCUGGUUUAAUUGGAAUGGUUGGAAUCCCGGGAUUUGAUGGCCUACCUGGACCACCAGGAAUCGGCGUAGACUACAACAGAUUGGAAAUUAUGAUUGAACAAAUAGUCGCAGAAACUAUUCAUUCUAAGGAAAAUGUAAAAUCACGGACUUCAAACUUUCGAUGCGAGAAUCUAAAUAACAAAGUCGAAGUUGAUGGAAAAUGUUUUUUCGCUGUCGUGCCGGAGAAUGAAGUCAAAUUUCUUGCAGCUGCGCAGUUGUGCAUAGAUAGAGGAGCAACACCGGCAAAUAUUUACGAUCGCCAUCAAUUCGGCAAGAUAAUGAAUUAUCUUCAUGAGUUAAGACAAUCAUUUUAUCACGUAUAUCUUGGAAUGGAGUUCAAUCCUGAGAAUGAUGAACUCACUUUCUAUGAUGGAAGUCCAGCUCAAUACACAAGUUGGCGCUUUGGAGAUCCCGUUAGACGUGUGGCGGAUCCGGUGAAAAUGACGCGAGUAGCCAUAAACGUUCUGAGUGACAGCAACAACUCCGGUAAUGGAAUGUUGACCACGGCUAUGAUUUGGCCAAAAACAGGAGUACUUUGCGAAUCUGCAAUAGAUAGAGAGCAUUGAAUUGGCAUAAACAUGGCUUCAUAACAGACAUGGGCAAACUACGGCCCGUUGGGCAGUUUAAUCUGGCCCGCCUGAUCUAAACUAAAACCAAAUUUUGAUGUUUUUGCUAAAAAAUAGCUCAAGAAAUUCGUUGAAAUUGGGAUUAAAUUUAGUUUUGGCACGAGGCUCAUUGUUUUCCACUUUUUCUUUUGUAACAGUGUAAAUAUUGUUUAUAAAAUGUAACUUCUACGUCACACUUACAUGACCCGCCAGUCUCAGUAGGCAAUAUUGUUGGACCUUGGUCCAGAAACCUUGCACACCCCUGAUAUAUAGUCUAUUAUAAUCAUCUCAUAUCGUGUAUAUCGACUUUUCAUUUUGAUUAUAAAGACUGCUACGAUUCAGAACUUCUUAGAGUUUGUCGACUGAAAGCAAAUGAGUGCUAAUAUUUGUUUUAACUAUCUAGCAGUUUCAUGAAGUUGUCGGAGUAACAUUUUAUACCACGUAUUUGUAUACCUGUCAGUAAUGUGAUUCUUGACAGCCAUGAAAUAUAUUAUGAAGCCUUAUUUGCAUGUUUCUCUAUAGGGUAAAUACUAUCUUUUCAUCCGCAGUUGAUGUUAAACCGUUGCUAUGUAAUAAAUAUUAAAAC